GGAGGAGUACUAAAGCUGGCAACUCAUUAAAAAGUGCAUUAUUCAGAGAGAGAACUUGCUAGUACAACUAUUGCGGGCAGACAAAUUUUAACUGUAGCUCAACACUUGCCUUCCAUAAAAGUGUUGUCUUCUGUCAAGCUAAACUCAGCACACCACCAUGGGUAAGAAAGUUGCUGUGAUUGGUGCCGGUGCCAGUGGACUACCUGCAAUUAAAACCUGUUUGGAUGAAGGUUUAGAGCCAACAUGCUUUGAACGGAGUGACGAUAUUGGAGGACUCUGGAGGUUCAAGAAAGAUCCUGAAGAAAGCAGAGCCAGCAUUUACAAUUCAGUUAUUAUCAAUACAUCAAAGGAAAUGAUGACGUACAGUGAUUAUCCUAUACCUGAAGAUUAUCCAAACUACAUGCAUAACUCUAAAGUGCUGGAAUACUUCUAUCAAUAUAUAAACCACUUUCAACUUAAGAAAUAUAUCAAGUUCAAGACAUCCGUUUGCAGUGUUAAGAAACGUCCAGAUUUUGCAACUACUGGUCAGUGGGAUGUUACUACGGAACAUAAUGGAAAACAAGAGACACAUGUCUUUGAUGCCAUUCUGGUGUGUGUUGGUCAUCACACAUCUCCAAACCUACCACUUCAUUCCUUUCCAGGAAUUGAAAAGUUCAAAGGCCAUUACUUUCAUAGUCGUGACUACAAAGCACCAGAAGAGUUUAAAGACAAAAAAGUAAUUGUGGUUGGUAUUGGAAACACAGGCGUUGAUCUGGCUGUGGAACUCAGUGGCGUGGCUAAACAGGUUUAUCUCAGCACCAGGAGAGGAGCCUGGCUGUUGAAUCGUGUCUUUGAUAACGGCUUUCCAUUAGAUAUUGUCCUCUUCACAAGAUUUUUUGGAUUAUUUCAAGAUACUGUCCCAUCUCUAGUAAACACCUUCUUGGAGCGUAAAGUCAACUCUAGAGUUGAUCAUGAUAAUUUUGGUCUAAAACCCCAGCACAGGAUGCUCAGCCAACAUCCUACAAUCAGUGAUGAUCUCCCCAAUCGCAUUAUCUCUGGCAAGGUGCUGAUGAAGACCAACAUCAAAAGGUUUGAGGAGACAGAUGUCGUAUUUGAAGAUGGGACAGUGGAGAAGGACAUAGAUGUUGUGAUUUUUGCCACAGGAUACAAAUUUUCCUUUUCUUUUUUUGAUGAUUCAGUCAUAAAAGUAGAAAAAAACCAAGCCCCAUUAUAUAAAAUGAUGUUUCUACCACAUUUGGAAAAACCAACGGUAGCUUUUAUUGGCUACGUACAACCACUUGGGGCUAUAAUGCCCAUUUCUGAGAUUCAGGCUCGCUGGGCAACAAAAGUCUUCAAAGGUGAAAGAAAGUUACCAUCUAUGAGUGAAAUGAAGGCAGAGAUCACAAAAAGAAAAGAAGACAUGAAGAAGAGGUAUGUCGAAAGUGAGCGUCAUACCUUACAAGUUGACUACGUGAAUUACAUGGAUGAAGUAGCAGAAGAGAUAGGCUGCAGACCCAAUGUGAAGAAGCUAUUUUUGUCAGAUCCAAAGCUGGCCUGGGAGAUAUUGUUUGGGCCCUGCACUCCAUACCAGUACCGCCUGUGUGGACCUGGGCAGUGGAAAGAUGCCAGGAAAGCCAUUUUAACCCAGUAUGAACGUAUCAUCAAGCCCAUGAAGACCCGAAGCACGAGUGACAAAUGUUCUUGUGGCUUAAUGAAAUUUGCGUUAAAGAUUUUUGCCAUUCUGAUUGUUUUUGCUGCAAUAUAUAUUGCCGUGUAGUUAUAUUACAUAUGUAACUAAUGCAGAAUUCAUUUACUUCUUACGUUUUAGCUCUAUAUUAACUACUGCUUAAAAUCUUCAAAUCAUAAUGAAAGGAGUAUUAUGGUUUCACAAGACUUAAAGAUGUAUUCUCAUCUGAGACAAUGGAGGCAUAUCGCUAUUGUCCGCUGUGACCCACACCUAUAUCGAGAAUGGAGCAGGCAAAGUGGUGGCUGGAGGACUCCGGUCCGGCCACCACCAAGUGCUCUCCCCAUAGAAGUGAAUGGGAGCACAUAGGGCAUGCACGGCCAUUGCUCCCAUUCAUCUCUAUGGGCCCAACGGAAAUAGCUGAGCCAGCGCUCAGCUAUUUUCGGCGGCCUCAUAGAAAUGAAUGGGGGACUGCUGCGCAUGCACAUGUGCGCUCCACCACUUUCAGGGCUCC